ACCUACUGCAGGCGCGCUGUGUUAUUUAUGGAAAAAUCAGCGGAUGUUCAGCUGUAAUUUGUAGAUAUUUAGGUCGUUUUGGCUGAAUUAGGUCAAAUGGAUGAAGCUUCUCUAACCUCUAUGGCUGCAGUCAAUAAAGCUGUAGCCGAGAUCUCCUCGUCAACUUUUCAGCCAACAAAAACUGCAGUCUCCUCGUCGACAUUUCAGCCCAAAACUCAGAUUGAAGUAAUUCCGUGCAAAAUAUGUGGCGACAAGUCUUCGGGCGUACAUUAUGGUGUUAUCACAUGUGAAGGUUGUAAAGGCUUUUUUCGUCGGAGUCAGUCGGGUCCUGUUAACUAUCAGUGUCCCAGAAACAAACAGUGUGUCAUCGACCGUGUGAACAGAAACCGAUGUCAGUUUUGUAGGCUUCAAAAAUGCAUCACUCUCGGCAUGUCCAGAGAUGCAGUAAAAUUUGGAAGAAUGUCAAAGAAACAACGUGAAAGGGUGGAGGGAGAGGCACAACUAAUCAAGGCAGGGGUUUCGCCGGGAGUUAACGGGUAUGGAGAUGCGGAUAUUGGUGUGCAUUCACCUAAUAACAACUCUUAUUUCACAUAUACUGGAAAUGAUAACUACAUGUACCAGUCACCUAAUGGUUACCAUGGUUAUGGUGAUUCCUCUCUCAGUCCUACAGGAAGUAGUGGAGUUUACAGUCCUACUGCAUCACCAACAACACCUCAGCCUGUCACUGUUGUACGAACAGUCGAUCUGCUAGACACAGUGGCGUUUGGAAAGGCAAUCCACGAGGCUCAUCAACGUACCUGUUUAUACACAUCUGAUACGAUUGCUCAGCUGAAGUCCAAUCCAAUUACUACAGAAACUAUUACAAAUUAUCAGAAUAUGACACAUCGAGUUUUAUGGACAGAAGUGGCUGAAAAACUCACAUUAGCUGUACAACAGAUAAUAGAGUUUGCUAAAAUGGUUCCCGGUUUUAUGGAUUUAUCUCAGGAUGACCAAAUCAUGCUGCUUAAAGCAGGUAGUUUUGAGCUAGCAUUGUUACGGUGUACGCAGGUCUACGAUGCAGCCUCAGACAGUGUCGUAUUUGGUGACCAGUUUGUUCCACUUCAAGCUUUUUCUGCAUUUAAUGAAGAGGAGAGACUGCUGCAAAAUCAAAUAUUUGAUUUAGUGAAAACAAUUCAGGCGAUAAACCUCACAGAGGCUGAACUAGCUUUGUUUAGUGCUACAUUGCUAGUAAGACCAGAUCGACCGGGUUUAAAAGACAUAACGGACAUUCAAAAGCUUUAUGAGAAAAUUUCUUCUGCGUUAAAAAUGGAGCUCGGGAAAAACAAUCGCGAGGACGAUAACAUGAUCACGAAGCUGAAUCAGAUCACAUGGAUUGUACGGAAUUUGAACACGCAGCAUAUUACCGUGCUAAAUAAAUUUAAACAGAGUCAACCAGAUGUUGAGUUUCCGGCGCUGCAUAAAGAACUCUUCAGUGUGGAAGGGUUGGAAAAUUCAUGAGGAAACGGGAAAAUUUAAUUUUUUUUGGAGGGGUAAAAGUUUGGUUGAUGCCAUUAUAAGUUGAAAGCAUGUUUCAACAAAAGCUCAUUUUUAUGGAAGGUUGUUUUUUUUUCUUGUCAAGGGAGACAACUUGCAUCAAUGAAUGUGUUGUAAAAUCAAGGAAGAGCACCUAAUCAGGAAAUUUUAUAAAUCAAGGGAAGUAAUUGAUGUGGUUCCUGCAUGAAAGAUGGCUUCAGUUUCUUGCACGUCAGAAAAAUAUAGAACUUGAAAAAAGAUUUGAAUAGAUGUACAUGUAACAUUUUUUAGAAGCCCCAUUUAUUUUUAAUACAGUAUUCAUAUAAUGGGGGGUAUAAGCUUUUUCCCCCCCAUAUUUACUUUUCUUUAAGGUGAUCUUUUGAUAAGAUGGGUUCUUUUAAUUACUUUAUUAUUGGCAGUAUUUUUGAGACUCUUGUAUAAAUUCUUCAGUAUAUUAACUCACUUAGACAAGGCAACAUAUUAGGUCUGUUUUUUAAAGGAGAGAAACCUUGUGUUAUAGGCGAGUAAAUAUGGUAAUCAUACCCACUGAAUAGGUUUGAUUUUUAUGGAGAAAAAAACUUGUCUAUAGGCCAGUGAAUAUGCUAGAAAUGGGUUUAAAUGAUAAGAUAUAUACAAGUAUUUGUUCUUUUUUUGAUUAAAGGGAAGGGCAACAUGGAUUAAACUUGCAUUUUUUUUAUUGAUCAUUUUAAAGUCUUUGCCAUACAAGAGUUUUACAAAUUGGAUACAGAGCAUGAACACACACAUGGUGGCAGUUUUGUUUCUGUGACGAUGUACAAUGACUGACCC